UCCUGAUUCCAGCCCCAGGCGUUCAUUCCACCUUGAGGCGCUGGGGAAUGGAGAUCUUUUCUUGGCAUCACUUUCCCAAAGAGCCCCCCUUUCCUUCAUGUUCAGUCAAGGUUUCUUUUGUUUGUUUGUUUUCUCCCCAUCCACAGUAGGUUUCUCUACCUUCAUGCCCUUGGAAAUGACUUUUUCCACCUCCUCUGUGAUGUCCUGUCUUUAAGCUGGAAAGGGUCUUUCAUAUUUGCCAUUGGAAUGAUUGGUUUCUGCUCCAGCUUCAAUUGACAAGUGCAACCACUCUACGUGACUGUCUCAUUUUUGCCCUACCUCUUCCUUGGAUUUCUGUUAAUGCCUAGUAACUGUAGCGACCCCCUCUUUGCCUAUCUUAGCCACUUGAUUUGAAUUUUUGGUUUUUAUCAUAAGGUUUUGAGGUCCUGUGGUAUUCUGAGGCACCACCUUACUCUAUCAUAUCUAGCUAGCUAAAAGAUGCUCCAGCUGAUCUGAUCUGACUACUCUAUUAUAUCUAGCUAGCUAAAAGAUGCUCCAGCUGAUCUGACUACUCUAUCAUAUCUAGCUAGCUAAAAGAUGCUCCAGCUGAUCUGACUUUUUUUCCUCCUGCAUAUUUCCCUACUCUUGGGGGACAUUUUCUUCAAGCUUGGCCCAUAGCAUUUCUGUUUUCAUUGGCAAAAAAUCUUAAUUCCUUUCUGGUUUUGAUGGAGCAUUCUUGUCUCUCAUAUUCUUUCCCCAAAAUUGGUAUUACCUUUGUUGAAAUGUUCUUCCUCAUAAGAUAUUAGCCUUGUUUCCCUUAGCCCUUCAUCUAGGCCCACCCAGCCCUCAGAUUCUCAGAUCUAAGAGAAGUGAUUCUUAAAAUGAGUCUGAGAUCAAGAUAGGAAGAGUGGGAGCCAAGCAUACCUGGGAAAGAUGAAAUCUCCAGGUCAGAUUCACUGUGUGAUCCUGUUGGGAAGGGUGAUGCUUGCCACAGAAGUAUCUUAACAGAUUUGGAGUUUUUUUAUUUCUUCUGUGGGCUAUGGCAAAGAUAGACUUUUGACUGAAUUGGGGAUAGGAUACUUUGUCUUAGAGAGUAGAAUUGGAGUUGAGCUAAAAGCUGGGUUAUGUGGAUUUUGUCUUGUCUAGCCUUUCUGUCCCAUGCCUUGGUUAAAGACAACAAAUUCCUAAAUUCUCAUUAAUCUUCUCGAUUCUCGGUGCCAUAUAGAUACUCAGCCUUUUUGACUUUGCUGUUGAUUUAAUAUUCAUGACUCAGCACGGUUAAGUGUUGGUCAAGGAAUAUUUGUAUUGUUUCUAGAGCUAUACAUUUGUGGAGGUCUCUUUCUCUCAGAAUCGAGAGCUUUGAUUUUCUUUUGAGAUUGAACGGUAAAAAUCAGAUCUAGGAUUUUUGUUCUGUCAGAACUUAAGUGUAUUUUAUUGUUUUAAAGUUUGUAAUAAAAAAAAAUAAUAAAGUCUGUAAUCAUCAGAUUAAAAAACCUGUUCACCUUCUAGGGCACAAUGAUCCACCUUUUCAGAUCUUGCCUUGAUAUCUUAACUUCCUUUUUUAAAAAAGUAUAUCAUCUCAAAUUUCAACCCAUGAUUUUUACCAAAAUUCUACCUACUUUUCUCUAGAAUCUCCUCCUUUAAAAAAAUUAUACUGUGGUGAAGUGGGUGUUUGCAUUUUCCCUUUUUUCUUUUGAGACCUAAGGACAAGAAUCAGAAUAUAAGCUGAAACACGGGGACUAAUUUUGUGUCUCUUAAUUUGAAGAAUUGAAGUACCAAAUGAAAGGAACCUAGAACUCUCCUCUCUCCCUGGUCCUUCCCUGACCACAAACUAAGUCACCCUCUGGGUCGCCCCAGUCUCUGACUUUCUAACAGAUGCCCUCCUUGCCUGCUCCUUCUCAAUGAGCAUGGACUGAGCAGAACCAGGAACUCACUUCCCACCACUGGCAUGCUUGGAGGCAAAACUAGUGUCUGGGGUGAUGUAGGUGGAAUUAGGAAACAGUGACUAGAUUGGAAUAUGAAGGUGGAGUGGGAGCCCUUCUGGGAGAAUAUUUGAAAGUAAAAGAUGCUGGGAGGUAUCAUGACAAGUGAGAGAUGCCAGGCUUGUGGCUUUCUUCUGAGCCCUUCAUUCUUGCCUUACUGGAAAAAGCCAGGGUAACAUUGAUAUCUCAUCUGGAGGGCCACCUUUAGGAUUGAGAGACUAGGAUUAAACCUUUUGUGAACUAGUGUGUUUUAGGAGUGGGUGACAUUAUGAAAGUGUCAGACAAGUGCUGCUCUUCUCCAUCUGUCUCUCUUCCACUUCUGUCGCAUCUCCAAAAUGUUUUCAGAGUACCUAACUCUUGAUAAACUAUUGCUAAAGGUUCGAGACAGACGUUUGGGGGAAAGAAUUGGAUCAGGUCAGAAUGAAGAAGCUGCUUCUUGAAUUGUUCGUAGACAUCCAGCAGAUCCUUAGAAAGAAGAGAGAAGGGAUAGAGGAUUAGUAGUUGUGAAAGGAGGAAAUGAAAGGGAAGAACUCAUGCAAAAGGGGACUUGGGCAAAUAGUGAGUCUUACGUUUCAGGAGUCUUGAGUGGAAACAGCAGGGAUGGGUACAGAGAAGAGGAUGGCAGAGAGAUAAAGUGUUUUUCACUCCCAAGCUCAGUUUUUAUCCCUCACUGCAAAGCUUAAGAAUCGUUCCAGGGUAUUGAGACCUUUAAUAUUCUCAAAGACAGCUUAUUGAAGUGUAAAUGACACGCAGUGAGGACACUAUGGAAAGUUUUGAUAGGGGUAUGGGAUGGAGGGACCAUUGCUGCAGUUAAGGUAAUGGUCUUUUCCUCACCAGGCACUGAUCUACUUUGUUGCAGUACAUUGUUUGCACUGCCUGAUUGUUGACAAAGGUGAAACAUUCUUUAGCGAAGAAAGAAUAGUCUUCCACAAAUGCCCACAGCCAUCCAGUUGAUUUCCAAUUCAGCAACCUGGUAGGACAGAGUAGAACUGCCCCUUGGGAAUUCUGAGACUGCAAAACCUUUUUGGGAGCAGAAAACUUAAAACAACACUGUAAAAACUGGAUACCGGUUUAUAAAAAUAAACUUCUAUUCUUCUCACCGUAUAAAAAUAUACAAAAUUCAACUCAAAAUGGGUCCUAGACCUAAGUGUGGAACAAAACGCUAAUAAUUCUAGAAGAAAACAGAGGCAAAGACCUUUGUGGACUUGCAUUAGCCACCAAUUUCUUAGAUUGGAAACCAAGAGCAUAAUCCACAAAAACAAAUUAAUUGUACUUUACCAAAAUUAGAAAGCUUUCGUUUUAAGUGUGUGAAAACUGGGAAAGGUGGAAGAAUUGGGAGAAUUGGGUUGAACAGUUAAGCCUCUGUGGAGAAGCUGGCUCAGCUCUGUUACCAUUCUUAUUCUUCCUUUGUCACAGCCUCAAGAUUGGGGUCUCCUAUGCAUUUUAUUUUCUCAGCAUUUUCCAGCACACAGAUUAUCUGGCAUCUCAAGUCCUCGUUUUUCCUUCUGUAUACUGUUUAUAAUUUUGAACUUUGUUCUUGUAGGACUCAGGUGUGGGGCAGCAAGUUGUGCAGGUCCCUGGCUGAAUUGGGGAGCUAGACCCUUCUCUGUCCACUCCUGCUGUCCCCUAGGUGUUCUGGGACAGCCUCACACUGUCUCAUGGGAUAUUCUUAGCCUUGCCGAAUGCUGCUGGUAUUUUAAUUGAACUCUGGCAGGCUGCUCAGGACAACAGGAACAAGCUAGGGCGGCCCCUGUAGGAGUCCAGUACAUGCUCCAGUUUCCAGGGUGGUCUGAUGCAGGUGGUGCUUCCCCACGUACUUAAUUCUGUUUCUGGAAAUUUUUAUUCCUUUCACAUCUUUCCAUGCCAUUAUAAUUUCCAUGCCUUCUCUCUACCUCAACUUUGAUAUGGGGAGCUUCAAAAACUUCAUGGAAAAAUGGAAUCGGGGAUAGUGAAAUUUCUUCAUGAACUUUUUGAAGCCUUCCGGUAUUUCCACAACAUAGCUUUCUGGGCCCUGUCAUCAGAUUGUGUGUGCGCCCAUGUAAAACUCAAGUUUUCUAGACAUUCCCUUGAUAGCUGAAAUAAUGGUAAAUAAUUUGCUUUCUCCCCCCUCUCCUUUUUUUUUUUCUUUCACCCUAAAAUCCAUUCUAGGGCUUUGUGAAGGAUGUCCAUGAAGACUCUGUCACCAUUUUCUUUGAAAACAACUGGCAAAGUGAAAGACAAAUUCCUUUUGGGGAUGUCCGGCUACCACCUCCAGCUGACUAUAAUAAAGAGAUCACAGAAGGGGAUGAGGUAGAGGUUUAUUCUCGAGCCAACGAGCAGGAACCUUGUGGCUGGUGGCUGGCCCGGGUGCGGAUGAUGAAAGGAGAUUUCUAUGUUAUUGAAUAUGCUGCCUGUGAUGCUACUUACAACGAGAUUGUCACCCUGGAGCGGCUUCGGCCAGUCAAUCCCAGCCCUCUUGCAACCAAAGGCAGCUUCUUCAAGGUCACCAUGGCUGUUCCUGAGGAUCUGAGAGAGGCCUGCUCCAAUGAAAACGUCCAUAAAGAGUUUAAAAAAGCUUUGGGAGCUAACUGCAUCUUUCUGAACAUCACAAAUAGCGAGCUGUUUAUUUUGUCAACCACUGAAGCCCCCGUGAAGAGGGCAUCACUGCUGGGUGACAUGCAUUUUCGAAGCCUACGCACCAAAUUGCUGCUUAUGUCUCGUAAUGAAGAAGCUACAAAACACCUAGAGACAAGUAAGCAAUUGGCAGCAGCAUUCCAGGAGGAGUUCACAGUCCGAGAGGACCUGAUGGGCCUAGCAAUUGGGACUCAUGGUGCCAACAUCCAGCAGGCCCGAAAAGUACCCGGGGUGACCGCCAUUGAGCUGGGUGAAGAGACCUGCACUUUCCGCAUCUAUGGGGAGACUCCUGAGGCAUGCCGGCAGGCCCGAAGUUACCUUGAGUUUUCCGAGGACUCGGUGCAAGUGCCCAGGAACCUGGUUGGCAAAGUGAUUGGAAAGAAUGGGAAAGUGAUCCAGGAGAUUGUGGACAAAUCUGGUGUGGUGAGGGUCCGCGUUGAAGGGGAUAAUGACAAGAGGAACCCCAGAGAGGAGGGAAUGGUUCCCUUCAUAUUUGUUGGCACCCGAGAGAAUAUCAGCAAUGCUCAGGCUCUUCUGGAAUAUCACCUCUCCUACCUGCAGGAGGUGGAGCAGCUUCGUUUGGAGAGGCUACAAAUUGAUGAACAGCUUCGGCAGAUUGGUCUGGGUUUUCGCCCUCCUGGGAGUGGACGGGGCAGCGGUGGCAGUGACAAGGCUGGCUAUACCACUGAUGAGAGCUCUUCCUCUUCCCUCCACACAACUCGAACCUACGGGGGCAGUUAUGGGGGCCGUGGCCGUGGCCGGAGGACAGGCGGGCCUGUCUAUGGCCCGAGUUCAGACCCAUCCACAGCUUCUGAGACUGAGUCGGAGAAGAGAGAGGAGUCCAACCGAGCUGGACCUGGCGAUCGAGAUCCCCCAACCCGGGGAGAGGAGAGCCGGAGGCGGCCAAUUGGGGGUCGAGGUCGGGGACCUCCAUCUGCCCCCCGGCUCACCUCGAGAUAUAACUCUUCAUCCAUUAGCUCAGUGCUGAAGGAUCCCGACAGUAAUCCGUACAGCCUUUUGGACACAUCGGAACCCGAGCCCCCAGUUGAUUCCGAGCCUGGGGAACCACCCCCAGCAAGUGCCAGGCGACGCCGUUCCCGCCGCCGCCGCACUGAUGAAGACAGGACCGUCAUGGAUGGAGGCCUGGAAUCAGAUGGGGCCAGCAUGACAGAGAACGGCCUGGAAGAUGAGUCAAGACCCCAGCGUCGGAACCGAAGCCGCCGCCGUCGGAACCGUGGUAAUCGGACUGAUGGUUCUGUCAGUGGAGAUCGCCAGCCAGAGUCACAGAGCCGCCAGCGACCAGCCCUGGAACGGACUAAACCCUCGGAGGACUCGCUUUUAGGACAGAAGGGUGAUUCUGUCAGCAAACUCCCUAAGGGCCCCUCUGAGAAUGGGGAGCUCUCUGCCCCCAUGGAGUUGGGUAGUUUGGUGAAUGGGGUUUCAUAAAACCUCCAGCUCGCAUCCCUCCCGUCUCCAUUUCGCUUGCUGCCCAACACCAUGGCCCUCACAGGCCCGACUGACCUGCGCUGGAGCUACUCUUAUCUAGGGGGGUGGGGGGUGGCACAGCAGCUUGGGUACCCCCCUCCCCCCCAACCUCCAGGAGCUAGUGGAGGGAUGUGUAACAGGGUCAUACCCUCCUCCCUCUUGUCCACCCUCCCCCCUGGGUGAAGGGAGCCUCUCUCCUUCCCCAUCAGACUGGAUGUGCCUUUAUCCUCUAACGCCCCAAUCUCUCUGAACACCCCUAUUCUCUGCCUGUUGGUGGGGGGUGCUCCUUGACCCACCCAUAUGUGACAGUUCAGGGGGGUUCCCCUGCUAUCCCUCCUCCCAUCCUGUACCCCCCAUUUCUGGGGCCUCAUCACUGUGGAAGACGGGGAUAGUAAGGAUCUAAGUGGGUGGGAGGCAUGGGGAAGGUUUUGGAGUAGAACCAGGGGCGUGUAUGAAGGGGGGUGACAAGGUCCCCUAGGGGGAGGGGGGGAACUAACCUUGUCUGGUGGUUGAGAAGGCGUAUUUAUUUUUCACUGUACAGUAUUUAAAAAGAGAAUAAAAAAAAUCCAAACGGC